GGUGUAGUAAACUAUUAUUUUUUCAUCACCAAAUAUGUUAUACAUCCAUAUAUACACUACAAGACGAAUUUGCUGUAGGACAGCGUUGAGAUCUUCGUUUAAACAUCUACAAUAAAUAUUGGAUAUUUUUUAAAUUCUGUAGCUUUGUCAUUUAAUGCUGACAUGAAUAGUAAAACAAUGGAGCACAUAGGUGGUGGGCGAGAGCCUGGUUCUUCCAACCCACCAAGUCCACAAUCCCGAAUACUAUCUUCUUCGAGCAGCCCGGAAUUAACUCGAUUGUCGAGAUCCAAAACAAUGAAUUAUCAGCUGGGAUCCGGUCCGAUUCGACCAGUGACUCCCACCUCUCCAUAUCACCAACAAUCAAAAUCACCCAGUUUUAUUGGACAUAAUAUUUCUCCGACAAAAUAUCAUCCAUCUGGACGUAGCCACGGAAGCAUAGACAACAGUGAUUGCUCAAUUCCAAGCACACCGACAAGUCGCACAUUGUCAAAUUUGCAACGAUCACAAACUACAAGACUUGGGCCAGGACCUGGGUUGUACGGCAAGAACAUGUGGGAUGAAGACGAAUAUGUCGACACAGGGGGUCAAUCAACAACACCCCGCACACCUACUGGUGGAGCAGCAGCUAGAAGAAUAAAUCAACAAAAGAAAAUGCAGACUGUGAAAUUACCAAAGAAUCCUUUCAUCGAUGAGGAAACGACUGACGACUACGCUGAUAUGACUGGACACAUGAACGACAGAACUGGAAUGAACGAGCUUCGUACAGCUCAUAGCAAAUCGGUGAAAAUCAGAUCAAAUACAGUAACAAGUUCGGAUGACUUACCAGUACCUUUUAUAGAUGGAGACUUGUCAAGAAGUCGAAAUUAUUCCCUGGGCAGUUCACGGAGCGGUUCACAAAGUUCACGAUUUAAAAGGAGCGAUACCUCGCCCGUAUUUCAAACUCAAGGAUCUAUCAAAGAGAAAUUUAUCGACGUACAACGGAAUGGUUCGAUGAAAAGUACGCAUCCAUCUAUAGAAGAAGUGGACGGUACUCCACAGGUUCAUUCUACUUCGAUGUCACCACCAAAAAGCAGCACAGCUAAUUCGUCUAUUGCAUUUAUGGAACGCCAAAAUUCCGAAGCAAGAUCCAUAUCUGGAAAUUCAUUAGCAAGCACCAUGAAAUCUCAGCUACUUGUUCCAAGUCCCGCACACUCAUCUGUGUCGGCAGAAACGUCCAACAGUUACAUACCUCCUUCCACUAAUCCAAAUUCGCCGACGGUUGUAUACAAGAAGAAGGAUAACGAUACUUUGGAUGCACAAGUAGCUAUCGUGGUUGAAGAAACUGUACCUACAUCGCCUAUGUAUGCAACGUUUGCAAAGAAUCUGAAUGAUAAAACACAAAAUGGAGCCACGCUACACGAUUCGAGAGAACUAAAAUUUGAACCAGCAAAAUCUAAGUCAAAAUGGAGAAUAAUAGUCCCUAUUGUACUAGUGGUCUUGCUGAUCAUUGGACUCGCAGUUGCAGUCGCUCUUUUAACAUCUAUAAUUUCAAGUCAAAAUGACGAGGUAGAAAGACUUAAAAAAGAAAUAUUCGCACUUCAAAAUAAGCAGGAAAGGACAACGAAUGUUGCAAGCACAUUCGAUACAGAACCUUCAAUGACUUUCAAUCAUAACACAUCAGUGAGUGCCGGCAGACAACAAACCGAGACAAUGCUCCAGUCCACUACAAGAACGUCGAUCAGCAUGCCAAAACUAAAUUCAUCGACAACAUUGAUACCAUUACUCUUGGAGCCUACGACAAGCAAUUUCCUUGAAGGCAGCGCAUCUAACGUGACAGCGACAUGAAAAAUGCGUCAAGAGAUCAGUAGGCAAACGUCGAGCCGCCCUUAGUAAUUUGAAACACAUCCCACACGGAAUUACAGAAAAUGGAAUAUAAAGAAGAAAAUGUUUCAACGUUA